AUGAUAGACAAAGAGUUAGCCUCAUUUUUGGGAGCAACAGGUCCAACUGAUCCUUUGAGAAUGCGCUGGACAAAUUCAACUGUUAAUGAAGAGAACGAUUCUCAGAGGAUCAACUUAACUAUCAAAGGCAAAAAUGAAAAUAAAGAAUUUUUUAUGACGAACGUAAGAACUGUCAGCGAUCUGAAUUUACCAACUCAGACAAUUAGUUACGAGAAAUUCAUGAAAAAAUGGAAUUAUUUGCCACCAAUUAACCUUCCAGACUUAAUAGAUGCGCAACCAAAAAUAUUAAUCGGGCAAGACAAUAUUCAUUUAAUAAUUGCACGUGAGGUUAUAGAGGCUGGAAAAAAUUCACCAAUAUUGUCUCGUACUAAGCUUGGUUGGGUUGUUCAUGGCAAUAUGAUGCACCGUGGCCGUGUUGACAAUGCAUUCAUUUUACAUGUCGAUAGGGAUGAAGAAUUGCAUGAAUUAGUUAAAAUGUCUUUUAAAAUUGAUAGCCUUGGAGUGAAGAUGGAAGAGAAAAUAUCAGUAGAAGAAGCUAGAGCAACGAAAAUAAUGGAAGAAACAGCUAAGAGAGUCGGAAACAGAUGGGAGAUAGGCCUUCUAUGGAAAGAAGAUGAUGUUAAAAUGCCUCAGUCGAGGUCAGCAGCAGAAAAUCGUCUCAAAAUGAUGGAAAAGAAAUUAGCCCGGAAUCCAGUAUUUUCCAAGGAAUAUUUAAACAAAUUGAAUGAAUAUGAAGGCAACGGGUUUCCAAGAAAGGUCAUAGAUAAGGAAAUACAGGAUGAAAAAUCAUGGUAUCUACCUCAUUUUGGAGUUGUGAAUCCCAAAAAGCCUGGAAAGGAGACAUCAAAGACAUGUUCCACAGAGUAUACAUCAGAGAAGAAGAUAGAAAAUUUCAAAGAUUUUUGUGGUGGGGAGAAAAUGGACAAACGACGGAAUAUGAAAUGACAGUGAUGAUUUUCGGAGCAGCUUCUUCUGCACAGUUCAUAAUGAGAAAAAACGCGAAAGAGUUUGAAGACGAAUUUCCUGAAGCAGCAAGGGUAAUUUUAGAACAGCAUUAUAUGGAUGAUUAUUUAGAUAGUGUUGAUUCUGUAGAAGAGGCAUUAGAUUUAAUAACCGGUGUCGAAGAGGUUCAUAAGAGAGGUGGUUUCCAAAUAAGAAAUUGGACAAGUAACUCCAAAGAAGUUUUAAAGCUGAUUCCGACAGAAAAAAGAACAAGGGAAUUGAAAGAUGUAGAAAUAGAGAAAGAGCUUCCAGCAGAACGUGUUCUAGGACUUCACUGGAAUCCGAAUGAAGAUUGUUUUUUGUUCAAAGUCGAACCCAAGGAAAUUAUGGAAAUUUUAGAAAAGAAAGCAAUAACUACUAAAAGAAAAAUGUUGAAAAUUGUAAUGUCAGUUUUUGACCCUCAUGGGUUUCUAUGUCACUUCACUCUCAAAGCAAGAAUUUUGUUACAAGAAAUUUGGAAAAUGGUUUCUGGAUGGGACGACAAAUUAGAACAUUCGGUAAAUGAAAAAUGGCUCAAAUGGUUGCAAGAUUUAAGAAAAAUUGAAGGUGUGAAAAUUCAUAGAUGCUAUUUGGAUGAUAAUACGGAACGUAAAAUACAAUUGCAUACGUUUUGUGAUUCCAGUUCGAAAGCCUUAGCUGCAGUUUCGUAUUUUCGAAUUUUAUCAUAUCAAAAAAUUUAUUCCAAUAUCGUUAUGGCAAAAUCAAGAGUAAGUCCUCUGAAAACCUUAUCUAUUCCUAGAUUAGAACUUCAAGGAGCAGUACUGGGAGCUCGUUUGGCUAGAACAAUAAGAGAAAAUCACAGUAUUCCUAUAAAUCGUCAGUAUUUUUGGACGGAUUCCCGGACAGUAAUCAGUUGGUUGAAAUCAGAUUCUCGCAAACUUAAGCCAUUUGUGAGUCAUAGAGUUAAUGAAAUAUUGGAUAUAUCUGAAGAGAAUGAAUGGAAUUGGAUUUCAAUAAAGGAGAAUGUAGCAGAUGAAGCAACUAGGGAUAAUAUAAAUUGUGAAUGGUCGGAAUUAAGUAGGUGGAACAUUGGUCCAUCCUUUCUUAGAUGCGAUGAAGACACGUAGUUCAGAGAAAACGAAAUAGAGAUAGACAAAGGAGAAAAUGAAAAAAUGGAAGAAUUUUUCAGGGAAAUGAAAAAAGAAUACGUUGUUCUGACAACGGAAGGAGACAAUUUAAUUGAGUCUAUUCCGAAAAUUGAAAGGUUUUCAUCUUAUAUUCGACUCAUAAGGUCAACUGCCUGGUUGUUGAGAGCUAUUCAAGUUUUCAGAGGUACCAUAAA